GGGUUGCACCCCUUGAUUCUUCUCCACCACUUCUUUUCUUCCUCUUUCAGCUGAUCAGGGGCAGUCUGCAAGUGCGGGGCUGGAAAUCGAACUAGUCCAACAAAUUUUCGGAGAGGUGCCCCAUCAGCAGCCUCAAUAUGCUCUCACGACUCGCCACCAGGGCUGCUCAGCCAUUGAUUUCUCGCCCAGCUGUCUUGGGCAUUCGUCAGGCAUCUUCUGAACCUGCGAAGACUGUCACUUCAGACGUUGACCCUUAUGCGGGUCUUGAAGAUCCUAUUAGCAAAGUUCCCCGCAUCGUGCCUCUGAAGACCGAGGGUCCUGAGCGUGAUCUUGUCAACUUCCCACGGCCUGUGGUUAAACAACACCCUGAUCCAGUGCGUUUGGGUUUCCUCCCCGAGGAAUGGUUUGAUAUCUUCUACAAGAAGACUGGUGUGUCUGGUCCAUAUGUGUUUGGAGCUUCUUUCCUUACCUAUUUGCUGAGCAAGGAAAUCUAUGUCCUGGAGCACAACUUCUACAAUGGUAUCUCCUUUGUCAUGAUCCUUAUGAUUCUUCACCACAAGCUGGGUCCCUCAAUUGCUAAGUUGACAGAUAAGGAAAUUGAUCAAUGGCUUGCUGAUACCAGAGAGUUUGAAGAUUCUGAGAAGAAACAAAUUAGGGAGAACAUCAAGGAAAUUCACGCCUAUUUGAGCAAUUUGGAUGUCUUCAAGGAUUUGGCUGCUGCUAGGCGUGAAACAGCUGCUGCAGCACUGGAGGCAACCUACCGAGAAUGGUCUAACACUGCCUACACUGAGGCUAAGAAAAGGCUGGACUAUCAGCUUGAGCUGACAAAUGUUGAGCGUCGUAUUUCCCAGAAAAACAUGUCCUCAUGGAUCACUGAAAACGUUAUGAAGUCCAUCACCCCCACUCAGGAAGCUGAGACUUUGAAGAAGUGCAUUUCAGACCUGAAAUCUCUGUCUGCAUCCGCCUAAGCAGAUUUUCUUUUGUAGUUUGCCAACUGUCUUCAAAUUCACCUACAAAAUUUAGCUUAGUUGGCCAGAUUAUUGUACAAAUACUGUCCAUUACCAUGUGAGAGGAGAGAGAAAACACCUUGUAAAAAGAUUUUAAAUAAUAAGCUUCAGUGAGAAGUUUA